CAAACGGAAUUCGUACUACAGCAAUGGCGUGGUGGAAGUUUCAACAAUUACGAACUUGACCUUCGUAUAACGGUUCUUGAAAAAUUGACUAAAAUUCGAGAAAGAACUAAUCGAAGAUGAAAGGAAUGAGUGAUACAAUAGUUCAAUAUGUGGUGAUGCGAGGAGAUCUUUUGAAAGCAUUGAAGUGGCCUAUUGGUGCAGUUAUUGCUCAAGCGUGUCAUGCUUGCACUGCUGUUACUCAUCUCUUUUAUAAUGACAAUUAUACGCAAGACUACCUUGCUGAUUUAGAUAAUAUGCACAAAAUUGUACUGGAAAUACCAGAUGAGACCAGUUUAAAUGCUUUAUCCAAUGUAUUGAACAGUAACAACAUCCAACAUAAAUUGUGGAUUGAACAACCUGAAAACAUGCCAACAUGUUUGGCCAUAAAACCUUAUCCUAAGGAUAAAGUGCAGUCAUACUUAAAGAAAUAUAAAUUGCUUAAAUUGCAUUUAUAAUAAAACUUUAUUAUUGUAUACUGAUGGUAUGGUUAAUUUUAUUUGAACAUUGGCUUGUAAAUGGCUGAUGUGACAUGACUCUCUUAACAUUUUGUAUUAGUAGGAUCUCCAAUUAUCGUGCUACGCUAAAAGGUAUCCUAAAAAUUACUUUCCAUGUGGUAGUUCCACAUGAAAUGAAUUAGAUUAUAUUAUUAGGGAUGACUGGUUGGUGCACAAAUAAAAUUACUAUCGCCGUUAAACAAUUUAUUAAGUAAUUUUUAAGUAAAGAUUGUAGACUCUAGAAAUUAUGAAACCA